CACUCUUGCAGCUCAGUUUCUCAGAGCUGCAGCCUGCAGCUGAGGCGCGGCAGCCUGCACAUGGGAAAAUGAUGAACAGCAGCAGCAACAGGGGAAGUAGGACCGAGGCUACCCAUCCAGAUGCUCGGCCCCGCAGCCCUGCUCCUCUGAACAUGAACCACUACGCCAAUAAGAAGAGCGCAGCUGAGAGCAUGCUGGAUGUGGCUCUGCUGAUGGCCAAUGCCUCCCAGCUGAAGGCGGUGCUGGAUCAGGGGCCAAACUUCUCCCUUUACACCCCCACCAUCACCCUAAUUAGCAUCUCCCUCUGUCUGCAAGUCACAGUUGGGAUCCUGCUUAUCUUCAUAGUUCGAUGGAAUCUGAAUGAUGAGCAAAAACACUGGAGGCUGAACUUUAUGGAAAACUUAGCCACAGGCCUGGUUUUUAUCAUCGUAGUCGUCAACAUCUUCAUCACAGCCUUUGGAGUCCACCGACCAAACCACAGCGACUGACCAAGAACAAGCAGGGAAGACAGAGGCAGAAAAGCGUUGCUCAGUGCAGCAAAUCCCCAGAGAUGAGACAUCUGAGCUCUCCUCCACAGCUGCACCUCAUGUAACAUCUCUGAUGUGGCCAUUUUCCAUUACAUUAUUUAAGAUGAGUAUCAGAAAAGGAAAUACAUCCAUAAGGGACUCAAAUCUUUCCAGAGCAGUUAAACCAACAACCUUUAAUGUAGCAUUUUAUUAAGAUAACUCCUACUCAUUCAAUCAAUUUCAUUUUCAUUAUUAAUUAAUGAGGGCUGUCUCCUGGUUCUGACUGUCAUUGUAAAAACGCACAAGAACAUAUUCCAUCUUCCUUCAUUCCUAUAUUUCAGUGUGCUGAAUGAGGGAGCAGUGCCCUCUAGUGUAUUUAUUAAUGCUGCUCAAACAAUGAGAUAAAGGCUUGAACAUCAGCUCAUUUCAUGUUGACUGUAUACAGACAAUUGGGUCUGGUAGCAAACUAAACAGUGCCAGUAUCGUACUGCUCAUUACUGUGCAUUUCCCCUUUGUGACUACACCACCAUACAGUAUUUGAAGAUAUUUAAUUGUAUGCAGAUUUCUAAGAACAUCUUUUUGACUUACUUGUCAUAACAGAAUAAAAAUAAUAUGCAACCCAAUGUUACGUU